UAUUCUUCUGGUAAGACCAUAAGAGUGCACGAAAUAUGGACCACGGAGUUGACAACGCAUACACACACAGACACACAGGCCAUCAUAAAUGAGCACAUGAAGAGGGACACAGACACAUUCAGACAUACACACACACACCGGCGCAGGAAGAGAACAGGCACAUGCACAAAAUGCUCAUUGAAGACACACGCGCACUAACGAAACGGCGAUUCAUACGCCAGCUGACACCUAGCUGCCUGCGAUCGCAUCACCUAGUUCCUGUGACCCAGUGCAAGAAGUCUUGAAACGAGCUCCCUCGACUCGGCCGUCUCUCCGACUCCUUGGCGCCCUCCUCCUGCUGCUGCUCUCUCACCAUUUGGUACAGCCGCUGUGUGGCCUGCAUGGUCUUGAAGAGGAGGGUCGGCACAUUGACGUAGAGCGCCUUCUCUCCGUCAGCAGACGACUCGAAAACUGCCUCGGGAAACUCCUUCUUCAGCUCAUCGGCCAACACACCUGCACAUGCCACGACACCAGCGAGACAUACACAGAGAGAUCAACCCUCUUCCCGUCUGGAAUGUGAGAACAAUCCUGCUGACCGAAAUGCUCUUUGCGGGAGUCGACGGACCGGUCGUCCCCGUGUUUCCACCUGUAUGUGUGGAACUUGACCCUCUCGAGGGCCGCCAGAGCGCCGGCAGCCUCCCACUCAGACUUGACUGUCACCUGUGUCUUGUAUCGGCCGUCACUCAGCGUGCCGAGUUCGGUGCUGAACAGCUUGUUGGCAAAGACCUCGUUGAUUGGUAGAUCAAUGCCGCAGCCGAUGUAGCCCUCGCCCUCAGCCAGCGUGUCGGAUGCUGAUACACACACAUAUAUAGGCAGUUGGCGCAAGAGAUCACUGUCGCGUCUGUGUCUCUGGCAUACCGCCGUCUGCGAAGUCGUAUAUGCCAAGAGCAGGUGUCCCCCCGCAUUGGUACGUCGCCCACUGCAGGUCACCCUUGCGCGUGCCAAUGAGGUCCUCCUCGACUGGCAGCACGACGUCGCCAAUGGUAGCAGACGUGUCUCCCGGGACGUCAUCACCGCCCGUGUCGGUUGUCCCUCCCCCUCCUCCACCGCCAGUGGGAGGCGUCCCUCCACCUCCUCCACUGCCGUCAGUGGUCGGCGAGUCAGUCGUUGUAGUUGGCCCCUCAGUUAAAGUGCUGGUGGGCGAGUCAGUCGUAGUCGUUCCGUCGCCGGUUGCUGUGCUUGUGGAUGUGGUGGUAGCGGAGGGCGUAGUAGCCACCUGAGGUGUUGUGCUGAUAGCUGUGACUGACGGCGUAGUCACCACAGCGACGGUAUCGCCUGGCUGGUCUGGUGUGUCGCCUGGCUCAUCAGCAAUGGGCUCAUCCACAGGGGUGUCAUCAACUGUGUCGACUGGUUCGGCGACAGUAUCGUCUGGUGUGCCGCCUGGCUCAUCGACAGUGGGGUCGUCAACAGUUGGCUCAUCGACAGUUGGGUCAUCGACCGGCGUGUCGGCCACUGGGGCGGCUGGUGGCUCGUCAACUGGGGCGGCUGGUGGCUCGGCCACUGGGGCGGCUGGUGGUUCGUCAACUGGGGCUGGCUGCUCGAGUGGAUCUGGCCCUGGAGGUUCUUCGCCUCCUGGAGGUUCUCCGCCUGGAGGUUGCGCCCGCACAUUCGCAACGAGCAGGAAGGCAAGGAUGACCAGCCGAAGGAACUUCAUACGGAGAAACCUGCAAAG